AUGAGCGCAAUCAAACCUCCUGCUCAAGUACCAGGAUUAUCACCUAAGAGGAGACAACUUCCAAAAAUUAUUAAACCGAAUGUUGAACCAAAGAAGGGAAGGAGAUUGAUUGAUUCCCAAUUAGGCUCGCGUCCAACAUCUGCCCGCAACGUAGAAGAAGCUAAAACAGAAAUUACGAAGCUAAAAGUCGAAUCGAUUGCUCCUCAAGAGAUAGAAGAGCAAAUUGUCAGAGAACCGCCAACAUCUCGUUCUGCAUCUAUUCUCAACUAUAUCCCACGACUUAAAGAGCAGAAUCAUGAGAUUGUCCUUGAUCAAAUAUUAGGCAUGAUCAAAGUUUGGAAUAGUGAUUCUGUAUUUGAAAUGGAUUUCAACGUUUAUCAUAUUUUAACACACGAACUAUUCUCUAUGGUUUCAACAAUAUAUGCAGAUUUUACAAAAGAAAAGUCCAACAUACUAUUUAAAUCACUUGCAAUUUGUUUGCGUGUUAUUCCGCAAUCAGACAGAGAAAUUCUUGAUCCAAUUACAAAACUCAUAUAUGAAAUGAGCAAAGAUGAGUUUAACGAUGAGCUUUUUAUUAGAUGCGGAAUAAUUCCAAAACUUGUCCAAAAUUCUUUUUCAGAUCUUGACGAUAUUUCAACAUACUCAUGUGCAUCAUUAAGGCACAUUGCUUCUAAUGUAGAAUGCAUGCAUGAAAUCAUCAAAACUGAUGUAAUUGUCGAUAUAUGCAAAUCAUUACAAUGCAGAACGCGUAAAAAACGUUUCCAAAAGGAAAAACUUACGUUUGUUUACCAAGUGUUAGGGCUUUUUGUUACAAUUUGUGAAGAUUUACCUGACUUUGACUUUAUUACUAAAUAUGAGCUUCCUUCCAACAUUCUACAGCUCAUUCUCAUAUGUGACUUUGAUCCUCUCAUCCAGAAUAUGAUUGCAAAGGCACUCAGUGUUCUUGUUCUUCAUAUCGAAGCUCUUGACGAGCUUGAAUCAGAAGAUUUAAUGCCAUUUGCAACUUUACUUCGUUCAGAACGUCUUGAUGUUGCAGAAAUGGCAGGAAUUGCUUUGGCAAACGCAAUGCAACAAUCUGAUGAAAUAACUGCUAACGUUGUGUUCUCUGACCAGCCUUUAAAUAUUCAUGGCAUGUUCGACCUCCUUUCUGUCACAGAAAGUAUUGAUCUCGCCGUUUCUUUAAUGAGAUGUAUCUCAAAAGCGUCGUCUACGUUACAAGGAUCAGAAGAUGCCUAUCAGCAUAUUACUCUUUUGUUCGGAUUGCUCGAUACUCCAAUGAACGAAGUCGAAGAAUGGACUCCAGAGCAAAUGAGUGUUGCAAAUGCACUGAUUGCCCUCAAAAAUUUGACGGUCAACCACAUGGAAAGAGUUUGUGUCGGAAUGAGAGGUAAAAUGGUCCAUUUGAUGAAUUACGGAAUUCUUGACUACGUCUUGGAUUUGAUGAAAGAGAUGAUUAAGUGCGAUGCUGGAAUUGAAACAUGCAUGGAAGUAAAGGACGUAGAAGAAAUAGCUCUUCUAAUGCCUUCUUUGAAGGAUCUUGCAAAGAAAUUUGAAAAAUAA